ACACCAACCUAGACCAGAGAAUGGGUAUGAAAGUGAGAUGAUGUUACUGACAACCAUGGACUGUGCAGUGUUUCAAUCUGGCCGACUAAACGAACAUGUUGAAGGGGCAGCACUUUCUCAACUCCAGACUAAAACUGUGACUGCUUAUUUUGGUGAACUGGUUUCUCCACCUUACUAACAGUUGCAUAUUAUAUCUACAUUCUAAUGUAUUAUACUGGUCUAUGUGUCACCAAUACUGACAGAGCUGUUUUAUCCG